ACUUUACCUGCGGUCCGGCUUAUUACUCCUCUCUCGGCCAACUGUGAGAUAGCUCCCUGUGAGCCAGAGCGAUAGGUGAUGCUUUCUUAUAAUAUCAGGUGCUGAUCCCCGGUGGUUCUUCAGCUCUAGCAAGUCCCGGUAAUUCGCAGGUACGAUGGUUCGCUGGAAGGAGAUCAGCAAGAAACUCGCCGUUCCUAUCGACGAAGAUAGCUACUAUGAGAACACAACAUGGUGUAAUCGGGAUCUGAUCCCCAUUCCCCCGGAGAGACGCACAUGGGACGUAUGGGGAUACUUCGGCUACUGGACUGUUUCAGGGUCCUGCAUAUCUGCCUGGCAGAUGGGAAGCACGCUGUUAUCCUACGGGUUGAACCCGAAAGAUGCAAUAGGAUGUGUUGUCGCCGGUGGCAUCAUCACCGGUCUUCUAGCCGUUGCUUGUGGCUGGAUUGGUGAAAGGCAUCAUAUAGGGUUUACUGUUGCUUCGAGGUUUUCCUACGGAAUGAGGGGUUCAUAUGUCCCGGUUCUCCUUCGCAUCUUCACUGGAUCUAUCUGGUUUGGACUUCAGGCAUACUGGGGUGGUCAGGCAGUUCGGGUUCUUUUUGGGGCUAUCAUUCCAGGCUUCGCCCAUAUGAAAAACUUCUUCUCCGAGUCAUCUCACCUGGCAACCAACGACUUUAUCGGCCUCGUAAUCUGGUUCGCAGGCUUCAUACCCCUCGUCCUUAUUCCGCCGGAGAAACUCCAGAUCCCAUUCGCUAUCUCGUUUCUUCUCUUUGCCAUGUCUGCAUUUGGACUAUUGAUCUGGUCCGUCCACAACGCCGGCGGAGCGGGAACAAUGUUCACCGAAGCCAAAACAACCAUCAACCUAGGCUGGGGUAUCAUGUACGGCAUCACGGCCAUCAUCGGCUCCUGGGGCUCGGGCACCCUAGGCCAAAGCGACUGGACCCGUUAUGCGAAACGCCGAUUCGCACCGACGCUAUCACAGCUCAUUGCUGCUCCGCUUACUAUUACUGUCACUGCUGUUAUUGGGAUUAUCGUCACCAGUGCUGCGAGGGAUAUAGUCGGUGAGACGGUUUGGAGUCCCAUUAUCCUCCUCGCGGAUGUACAGGAAUUGUAUCAUUCCAGUCCGCGGGCGAGAGCGGGUGUGUUUUUUGCGUCUGUUGGGAUGGUUUCGACGCAGCUUGCUAUAAGCGUUGUUCUUAAUUCUGUGUCUACAGGGAUGGACAUGGCAGGGUUAUUCCCCAGAUACAUCAAUAUCAUCCGGGGCUCUUAUAUAAUGGCUAUUAUCGGGAUAGCUAUUCAACCAUGGCAACUCGUCGCGACGGCAUCAAAAUUCCUCUCCGUUGUAUCUGGCUUCGGGGUCGUCAUGGCUCCUUUGACAGGCGUAAUGUUGGCGGACUACCACAUCGUCCGCCGCCACAAACUCAAACUCCAAGACCUGUACACGGGCAACUCCUCUUCGAUAUACUGGUACUACCACGGCUUUAACUGGCGGGGUCCCGUUGCGUUUUUGAUGGGAUGUUGGCCUUUACUGCCCGGAAUGGACGCCUCCGUGAACCAACUCACAACACCCUCCCUCCAGGGCUGGUUGAAACUCUACAAUCUAACCUUCAUAGUUGGUAUAGCCAUGUCGUUUACAUGGAUGGUUAUCCUGUGUUACUUUUUCCCUCCGCCAGGGCUGGGAAUUGAUAAGCCCUUCGUCGGGAUGGGCGGUGGUGCUCAGAGUGAUACUAGCCAUGAUUAUGUGGUUGAGAGAGUCGAACAAAAGGAGUUCAAUGAUGCUUCUUAUAGGUGUUCUGUAAGCACCGGAGCUGCUGAUGAUAAGGGAUUCAAGGGUGAUGUUCACCAGGUUUGAUUUCAUCUUC